GCAUUGCUUUCACCAUUGCGGUUUCUGUGGGAGAGCCACUGAGCAUACUCUUGCUUCGAACCUAAGGGCGGUACGGAAUCAUCGAUGGCUUGACACAUCUGGAGCAAGCCAGGUCGAAAGUCAACAGUGUGAAACGCAGCCCAACAGUAGGGAUAAACGGUGCGUUGGAUCGCAGGGUUACAGGCAUUCGUCUCUCUGCCAUGGCUCAAGGCAUGAUUGAUUGGUAUUCCACAAGUCCAGCAUACACCUGGCCUAUGAAACAAAGAAGACAAAAAGUCAGUGUUGCUGCAAGAAGAAGGGGGUAAGCAUGUGUCAUGGCUACAUACCGGUAUUUCAUGCAAUGGCCGAAGAAGUUCACAUGCACGCAGAAGCACCGCAAGCAGUAGUCGUCAGUGUGCCUUGUCAAGAGCAUGCGAGCCACAUUGUUGCACACCACGGACGCGACAGACGACACAUUCUUCGUCGGCUUCUUCGCAUAGGCUCAGGAACUCGUGUCGGUUUCUGCGAUGCUCUUGGUGCUGCUGCUGGGCGCGAGUAUAGCCACCAAGAGAAUGGAUGCUCGGGCCUUGUUGUUGUUGUUGCUGCUGCUGCUGCUGCAUGCGUUGGAGGAGAGGGAGCAGGCAGAUCGAAUGGAAUUUCCUGUCGCGAUACUGUCUCGAAAGCAGCAGAUGACCCCACAGACGAUGUUGAGCUCUGCCGUUGGAGGGGUGAUGAUGAUGAUGAGGGUCGUGGUAUUUGUGAGCGGUUUGGAGCAGCUCUAAAAUAUCGGAAACUGCCUGGAGAAGGUGAUAAUGGCGGUGGUGAUCGAGAUACAGUGAGGUCCAGAGCACGUAACGGAGUAUCGUCGCAGAUGCUACACUUCUCGAGCCUGUUUUCCGCGAGGCAGUUCAGAAAUGGAGCACCAUCAAGAUACUGCUGCAUCUCAAAGCGAAGAUUUUUAUUUAAUUUUUGUUAUUUACCUGUGCAAACGCCAUCAUCUGUUCGCGGUCGGCGAUUUUUGUUCUUUCUUCAUCCCGUUGGCUUAGCCUGCCAAGUCUUGCCUCUUCUUCUAUGCAAUAGUACGCCCGUCACACUGAAGGCAGCCCAUCGCGACCAGCACGACCUGUUUGUUGGGCAUAGUCCAACAAACUAUACGGCAACUUCCAGUGGAACACGAAGCGUACAUUGGGGGAAUCAAUGCCAACACCAAAUCCGCUCGUAGUGAUCAUCAGUCCCCCGUUUGACAUCCAAUGCUGCUGUCGUUCGGCCCUCGUGUCUUCGUCCAUAUCGGCAUGUACAGAAAAGAAUGCCACGUUGGCCCGCAAAAUGGAGCAGAUGUUUUGCAAUGAC